CGCUAUGAAGUCGUCGUCAAAAUUACGAGUUUUAAGUUUAGUCGUUCUACUUGUGGGAACAUUUUUUGGAAGCAUAGUCCAUAAUUCUGCUUAUCCAGCCACUACAGAUGAUAAGUCCUCACUGGAUAACCACCCCAUCCGCAACGAUGACUGGAAAAAGUCAUUCUUGCCCGGUUUCAACAUCAAUAUCAAUCCUUACGACCCUAUUGCUCGCGUGACGGGGGCAGAAUUUUGGAAACGCAUAUUUUAUAAGCACCCAUCAGCAAGUCAAUUGUUUCAAAGUGGAAAUCCGAAUUUGGAGACGAUAUCGCUUUACAAUUUGAUGAAACCUAAUUACGGUUUCCACUUUGUGAACCAAGGAGUACAUCCAACGACGCAAAAGCCUACGACCCCAACAACCGUGAUGACUACUACUGGGGAACCAACAAUUCAUCCUCCGACAAUCCCAAUGACAUCGAUGCAUUACAUGAAUGCAACAAUAAAUCCCAUGCCAGGUCAGAUGCCAUCGAUGGACCAGAUGCAUGCGGCAGGUCAAAUGCCAUCAACAAGUCAUAUGCCCAUGACAGGUCAGAUGCCAUCGAUGGGGCAGAUGCCAUCCACAGGUCACAUGCCCAUGACAGGUCAGAUGCCUUCCCCAAGUCAAAUGCCAUCAACAGAUCAACUUAUCAACUGCAUUGAUUGGUUGUUGGAAUGGCUGCAAACAAAUUCAACUCCACCAUUGCGAAGUCAUCCCUACGUUCACAGGAAUCGGAAUCGAAACAAGUUCAACUAUAAUUAGAUUUGUAAAAGAAGGAAGAAAAUAUAUUCAUACAUAAUUUUGAUAGAUUUCAUUACAAAAAUUUGCCAAUAUUCUUAAGACAAUAAAUAUAUUUACAUACAUACAUACACGCGUAUAAUAAGUAUCUACUGGAACUAGAUACAUAAUAAAUAAUUUUA